GGCUGGUUUUCAUGGGUUUACUGAUUUACCUAUUUGUUGAUAUUCAUGGAGGGCCCUUCUCUUCCGCCGCUGUAAAUGUAUUCGAUUUACCAGAAGUUAACGUGGCAGUUACUGACAAGGAGUACAUUAGAGUCACCUGGAAGAGAGAGGGCCCAUGGAACAACACAAGAAAAUUCUACGUUGACUUCAAAGCUGAUGGAGAAAGACCCACUGGAAACCCUUGUACAGGCCAGCUCAUCCCCUGUAAUACAGACGUUUGUACUUUGAAUAGCAAACAGCGAUGUCCACCUUUUGGUCUCUGUCGGGAUGUGACCGUUGUCGUGAGAAGUGAGGGCUAUGAUUCCGAAGGAAUAUCCGUUCGGACAGAUGGUUACACGCCUACCUUUGUUAACGUAGAAUCAAACAAUGGAACGCUGAAUGUUUCCUGGAUAGGCCCAGAAAAUGGGGAUGGAGAUUGCUAUGGUGGAUCUGUGCUCACCAUAUUUACGCCAUGGACAGAAUACAGCGCCAGUUUCAGCGGAAACCACAGCCACUAUCGGCACACUCAGAACCUUACAGCCUGCGAUGUAGGGAAAGUGGCGGCGUCCCUGAGGUCUUUCGAUCUGAUGGGGAACAGCGCCAGGGUGACUAAUAGCACGAAAUACUUGGGGGAAAACGCGUCUCCAGUUAUUAGCGACCUGAAGUCCACACCAGGACGUAGAGGAGUCUUUGUAAAAUGGGACCUUCUUGGGAAGUGCUCAAGGGUGACGUCCUUUCAGCUGGCUUGGAUGCCUCCAGACGCCGGUGGGGAAAUAAUAGUUUCAGACACAUUUGCCAAUAUAACGGGCUUGUCUCCCUGCCAGGAGUAUCUAAUCAGGGUGCAGCCGCUGGAGGGGCGAGAUGAAGUGGGAGGACAAAAGAGUGAAGCACUGUUCACAGAAUCUGAAGUCCCACAAGCAUCAACAAAUGUGACAGUGCUACCAGUGGAUAACAUGUCAGACCGUCUCACUGUCACUUGGAUACAGCCUCCCUCACCCGGCCCCCUGUGCCCCAUCACCAGCAACAUCAUCAGCUGGUCAAGAGCCGACACAGGUGGCUCAGCUGGCGAGGUCGAAAUCACUGACAGUUGGACGUAUACCAUCACCGGGCUGGACCCUUGUGCUCAAUACAAUGUCACUGUCAGAGCUGUUAACGAGGAGGGGCAUGGAGACCACAGUGGAGACAGUGGUAUCACGGGAAUAAUAGUCCCACAAGCAUCAACAAAUGUGACAGUGCUACCAGUGGAUGACAUGCCAGACCGUCUCACAGUCACUUGGAUACAGCCUCCCUCACCCGGCCCCUUGUGCCCCAUCACCAGCAACAUCAUCAGCUGGUCAAGAGCCGACACAGGUGGCUCAGCCGGCGAGGUCGAAAUCACUGACAGUUGGAAGCAUACCAUCACCGGGCUGGACCCUUGUGCCCAAUACAAUGUCACUGUCAGAGCUGUUAAUGAGAAGGGGUAUGGAAACCAAAGCGGAGAUACUGGUGUCACGGGAAACAUUGCACCACAAGCUCCGUCCAGCAUAACAGUACUGAUGGUGGAAAACGAGCCAAACCAUCUGGGUGUGACGUGGACCCAGCCUGCACCUCCUGGGCCCCUGUGUCCCAUUAUUAACAACAGUGUUCGUUGGUUUCAAAGUGAGACAGGGGAAACAGUUGGCCAAGUUGAAAUUAUUGCGAGCACCGCAUAUUUCAUAACUGACCUCAAGGCCUAUACAAAUUAUACGAUAUACGUAGCUUCUAAAACAGAGGGAGGCUUUAGUCCAGAAAGGAGUGGAUAUAACACCACUGAUCAAGACAUUCCCGGUCCUCCAAUAAUAUGUCCACUGGAUGUCGUAAGUCCUUCAUCCCUGCUGGUUACAUGGGAACGACCACCUCAGCCGAAUGGUAUCAUCACGGGAUACAAGAUUGAAUGGAGAUAUGGAAAUCAAAAUUAUUCUGCAUAUAUGAAUAACAACGAAACCUAUUACACAAUAACAAGUUUAACAGCUUGUGUCUUCCACGAAAUAACUGUUAUGGCCAAGACAAUUAAAGGUUUUGGAGAAAGAAGUUCCAAAAAUACAACAAUGGGAGUAGCCCCAGGAGCCCCAGAACAAGUUGAUGCUGUCAUGGUGGCCAACAUAUCAGACCAACUUUGGGUAACAUGGAGCCAACCUAAUCCAUAUGGAAAGUGUACCAUUAUUAACAACAAGGUCACGUGGGUAUGGCAGAACAUGGGGGAAAAUAAGCAAAACGAUACGACCAUACCAAAAUCCUCCAAUUAUACUAUCACCGGUCUGAAACCUUACACCAUGUACACUGUAUGCGUAGCAGCUCAGACAGAGGGAGGAUUCGGUCCACAUGGAGAAUGUGACAAUGUUUACACCGAAGAAGACACCCCUGGUCCUCCUGAGGUGAUCGACGUAGUGCAAUCGCCCAACGACAUCUAUCUGGUGUGGGAAUCCCCUGAUGAGCCGAAUGGUAUAAUACUGCUCUAUAACUUGAGUUGGAUAAAUGUGGCCGAGAGCACUGAUAAGGGUUCAGUUAUAUUACCUGCAAACCAAACAAGCUAUAGGAUCAGGGGCCUGCAGAGUGAAUCUGUGUACUCUGUAUUAAUACUGGCAAAGACUUCUGCCGGUUGGGGCACCGUAUCGGAAGGAAAGGUUUCAACUGAGGAGAAGAUAACGUGGCCUUACUUGUUAGCAGGCGUCAUCGUGGUUGAGACUCUACUGUUUAUCUUUGCAGCAUUUGUUAUGCGAAGACUGAGAGGGAACACAAGACAUGGUGUAUCUCAAACUAAGGCAGAUUCUUUCCAAAAUGAGGCAUUUAUACCAGACGAAGGUUCUUCUGAUAACCAUAAAGUGAUUCAAGUAGAGGACAGUGAGGAAAAUGACCAUGAUGUGGACCAUGAAGAAAUCACAACAAGCGAAUCUAGUUCAGAAGACACAGGCAGCAAUAGUGUUUAUAGGGAAUCCGGAGAUAUCUUUCAAGUUGACGAUAGUAAUUCUGAGGACAAACACGAUACACAAGUUGACAAGGAACAAGAAGAAGUCACAGCUGUCAGCAUGUCCAGUUUGGAAGGGAAUAUCCUAAGAACAAAUGAUGUUUCUAAGGAAUCUGGAGAUGGCACUCAUCCUAUUGCACCGAAGACUGACACUGGAGAUGGUGAAGUAAAAUCAGCUCAUAGCAAUUGCAGGCCUUUACCUAGGGCGCAAAAAGAAAAUGAUUUGUCACAUCCAUCGCCACACGAUGGUACCGAGAUGACUGAGGGUAAAGAAAUACUGGAAACAAAGAACAUGGAGAACAUACACAGAGCAGCAAGAGACGGACUUGCUGACGAGAUACUUAAAUUAUCAGAAAAUGGUGGAGAUCUGUCUGCUUUCACCAGUGCUGACAAUAACACCCCACUUCACUAUGCAGCCUAUGAAGGACAUACCGAAGUUGUAGAAUUACUGCUGUUUAAAAGAUGUGACCCGAAUCUCUCUAAUGCUACCGGUGACACGCCACUUCAUCUUGCUGCAUUGACUGGAAAGAUUGAUGUUGUGAAAAUAUUGUCUGACUGGGAAGGUAUUGAUGUAAACAAUCCAAGUGCAACAAAUGAAACACUUCUUGUAUAUGCAAGACACGGAGGGGAAAAACCCAUGUUAGAUGUUCUUAGGAACCCAGAAACUAUAUCACCUGAGGGCAAUACACCCCUCCACUGUGCAUCACUGGCAGGCCAUACAGAAGUUGUUAGGUUGCUCCUAACGAAGAAUGCAGAUGCUAAAAGUGAAACGCCUACCCACCACACUCCUUUGCAUUAUGCUGCUCUCAGAGGUGAUGCCAUUCUCGUCAAACUGUUGGUCUAUUAUGGAGCCGAUCCUAAUGCUAAAGACGAACGAAAUAACACACCUCUUCAUUAUGCCGCUCUUUGCGGACACACUCCGGUAGUCGAGCUGCUGGUGGAUGGAAGAGCAGACACAAACAUUCUGACAGACAUGGGACUCUCAGUCCUUCACAAGGCUUCCUCCUGUGGAAGGCUGUCCACUGUGCAGAAACUUGUUGAACUACAAGAUACUCUUGUUACCAAACGUGACAAGGAAAAUUUGAGUGCAGAGGACACAGCUCUAAUCCGUGGUUAUGUCCACACAGCCUGGUGGCUCAACAAAAAUGCACCUCAAGAUUCUUUACAAGAUCAGAAACACUUAACAAGUAUUUGUCUGAGCCGGUACAAACAAAGUGGAGACUUCUACCACACUUACUGCAGAGAGAAGAACGCCAGCGCGGAAGCUCUAGCCACUGCCAUUGACUUCGGCGUCUGCGACAUGCACUACCAAGACGAGCAGGGCCGGACGCUGCUCCACGUGGCCGCGGAGCAGAACGACCCACUCAAAAUCCGGGUUCUGCUGGAACGCGGCGCUCUGCCCACCGCCCGCACCCACGACGGCAAGACGCCCUCGGACUUCGCCCGGGAGAAAGGCCACCUGGAGGCUGCAGAACACAUAGAGGACGAAAUAGACACAGUUAAGAAGGUGUGUAUAGAGGAACUAGCCUACCGUGAUUUGAUAAAUUUGAUAACAUCAGCAGCACAAUGUACCUUUGACCAAGAUGAUAAAGAACAGGAAGCCCGCCUGGCAGCCGUGAAGAAGGCCUCCUUACUACUGGCUUCUGGAGCUCCUUUAGAGCCUCCUGGAGGUCACUCUUGCUACCCGCUCCACCAUGCCAUCACAACCAACUGCACCCCCUUACUGUCGCUGCUACUGGCUGCUGGGGCGCCGUUGACGUCGUACAGUAACGGCUUAUGUCCAGUGGAGACAGCCUGGAUAACCCCAGAUGUCACAACCUGGGUCGGUGUCGUUGUAACAAGGGCUGUAGUGCACAAACUCCGGUUUGAGAAGAGUCUCCUAGAUCCAGAUUCCCGAUUGCUGCCUCAUAUAGACACUUUGAUGGAGUUGCUACAGGGAGAAAAGCCCUGGAAUGCAAAGGUCAGUGUCCUUGGAGACACUUCAACCACCCUAAGUCGUCUUCUAUUUCGAGCCUGUGCCUGUGGAGCAACCACACUUGCUUGGUGGAUCUGGCACAGCGGCGGCAGCACUGUGGCACAGAACAAGGAGGGGAAAACGCCCCUGCACGGCGCCCUUGAUAAUGGGCAACUCGACACGGCUGCCGCCCUCGCCCUCCACAUGGGAGCAAACCUCUUCCUGCCGGACAAAGAAGGGAGACUGCCCAUCGAUUCGUUAUCGGACGAUGCGAGAAGCCAGCUACUCAAGAUUUCUGUAGCACAGCAUUAUCGCCUUUUGGAUGAAGAACUGGAAAGAGCUCGAGAACCUAGCAAGAAGGAGGAAACAAAACAGUUAAUUUUACUCUUUCUUGCAUUAUACUCGUCAAAAUAUUCACCCAAAGCUACAUGUUCUACUCAGAGCUGGCUCGAGUUGUAUGAUGAAUUAUCCAAUAACGAUGUCAUCACAAGAACGGAUAUAGCAGUGUGUGAAGAUGAAGAUUCAGAAACUAUUUUUGGUAAUGACUUUUACUCUAACCUUCUGGAGUCGGUUGAUGAGGUCCAAUCAAAGCGUCCUGUGUCUAGUUUACAGCUAAGUAAUUCUGAAAAUGAUAUGCAAAUUAACACAUUUAAUAAAAUCCUAGAGAAAGCAAUAAUUAUUAGUUGUGAAAAGGAAUUUCCACUAUUUCUCCAUCUCUUGGUGCAUGUGGGAGGCCAGAAGGUCAAUCAAGAACUUGAAGUGUGUCGGGCAUCGCCCUUGCAUUACGCCGCUCUGAAGAACAACGCUUCUGCAGCCAGGUACCUCGUCAGUCACGGAGCUUCGAUUGAGGCGAAGGAUCGUUUCGGCAACACACCUGCACACUAUGCCUGCAUGUAUGGCCAUAGGGAUCUCGGAGACUUUUUAAGGACAGAUCAGGUAAACAGAUGUGGGUUGACAGCUAUGGAUCUAUUAGAUGGCUACAUGAACUACCUGAAGCUUUAUGAAUUAGACUUAAAAUCUCUAUCAAACAUAGACAUGCGGGAAACGAACACUGUUUCCAAGAAAAUAAAAACUCAUUUAAAAGAACUGGAGAGGAAAUGGCAGGUAUAUGGCAUAGGCAAAACAAUAAAUAGUAUCCAUGUCAACUAUUUACGAGGAGAAGCUAAAGGUAUAGAAACAGCUGUAUUCAACAUGGUAGACAGUGUAAAAAAUGCAGUUGCAAAGAAAAAUCCUUUGUUCAGCGGGGAACUCUUAAUGCUAGGAAGUUCGGCAGACAAUGUAAGACUUUUUUGCCCAGACGAAUAUGACUGUAACAUUGUAUUAAGUAAUCUAAAUGUCUAUCCAAAUAAAGACCUGCAAGUCUCAUUGGAUAAAAUGGAACAAAAUUAUAGUGGUUGUACGACAAAAAUAAUUGUGUCAUCAACAAACGCCGACAUCAGGGAUUUUCUGAAAGAAAAUUGUUUUUUAGACACAUUCUACAGCACUGUUAAGGAAUGCGUUUCUGACUAUGAACCCGAAGAUGAAAGAAUGGCUUUUAUUCCACCUGGGGUAAAAAGGACUCAAGUUGGAGUCGCACUCAGCCUUGUCUGGAUGGGUAAAGAGUAUCCUUUACUGCUGGUGGAUGUGGAUAUCGUACCCACCUUUGAGGCACCCUGGCCAGAAGAUCUUCCGAGGCCACCUCUUACGCCGCCUCACCUGAAGUCAGUGUACAUCAACAGCAUUGGCAACGGCGAGUGGAGGUUCUCCUUUGCGCAGGCGGAAAAUGAAAUCAUGAGGAAUCUGACUGAUGACCAGCGGCAAGUGUUCUUAGCCUGUAAAAUGGUUCUUAGUUCCCUCAAGGUGGAAAAAUGGGCACCGAAAGAUAUUCAGAACAGAUUUCAGUAUUUUGAUAAACUGUUCUUUAAAAUUCCUUCACCAAAAGGAUUUAUUCUGAAAAACACAUUUUUCUUGGAAUUACAAGAUUUCAAGGAUGACAGAUUUUACUGGAAGGACCGUUUGCAGAAAAGGAUAAGGUCUGUAUUCAAACGCAUGCACAAGGCAGGCACCAACGAACCUGUUAAAAUAGAAGCUUACUUUGCAGGCAGCACAGAAGCCUCUUGCAUUGGUAGUGGAAUUGCAGAGAUUGUAUCAUUUUUCAGUCCCAAGGCUGGCUUUCAUGGUGUAGAUCCAUACUAAGCUGAAUUUAACUGCUAAACAUGUUACUGGUUUGUGAUGAGUAAUUCCAACUUAGAAGGAUAAUUAUACAUUGAGGGGAACUUCCUUCAGUAGUGUAGUGUUGUUUUUUAUGAUUAUCCGAUUAAUAGUUUAAUCUUCCUACAUGCUACUUUUGUUAUGAUUCUAUCAUUUAGCUUUCAAUGUGGUUCUGUCAGUUAGCUUUAAUUAUGCUUCAGUAAUUUGACUUUCACUAUACUGCUAUCUUUUGUAUUUAUGCAUGAUCUGUGAAUUUAAACCGAAUAACAUAAUCAAUGUCCAAACUUGUAAGCCAAAUAAAACAAAACACUAGCA